AUUAGUGACAAUAAUUACAAUGCCAACAAAAAUAGAACUUCUAAGAGUAAAGGUCAUGUUGAUCACACCUGCAAUGGGGUUUAUGAUAAUAAUAUUCCAAACAAUGAUGACGACACGGAAAAUAGUGACAAUGGUAAUUACAUUCACAACAUUGAUUGUGUUAGAAAAGGCAACGACAAUAACAUCAACAACAAUGUUAAUUCUAAGAGAAUUGAAACGGGAAACAACGACCGUAAUAUUGUUUAUGACUAUAAGAAUGUCAUUUGCAAUAAUGAUGAUGUUAAAAAAGGAAUCAAUUAUAGUGGCAAGGGUAAUGUUUGUAAUUCCAAGAGAGGUGACCAUGAUGACAAUAAUCGUAACCUUUAUGGCAACGCCAAUCCCAAGAACGAUAAGGCUAAAACAAAUGUUAGUGACUAUAACAACUUAAUAAAUAAUGGUGUUUGUGACAAUAAAAGUAAUAAUCAUAUUGAUAAAAACAAUUCCUACAAGGUUGAGCUCAACAAAAACAACACAGAAAGAAAUGACAAUUGCAACAAUUUCAACGACUACAAGAUUAAAAGUCAUCUCAAUAGUAAUUCUACCAACAUCAACAACAAUGUCAAUUCAAAGAGCAAUGGAAAGGGAAAAACCAAUAGUAAUAGUGUAUAUGACACUAGAAAUGUCAUUUGUAAUAAUGAUAGUGUCAAAAAUAGGAGCAAAUAUAAUGACGUGGGUAGUGAUGGUAUUUCUAAGAGAGAUGACCAUGAUGACAACAACUACAACCUUCAAGGCAACGCCAACCUCAAGAAUGAUGGUGCUAAAAGAAAU